AUGCCUGGCAUUGUAGAGGACUCUCCAGCAUCGCACGAGCCCACCUCAAGCAUUGAGAAGAAGGGUGAUCUGCGGCUGUCGGAGGAGAGCGCCUCUGAUAACCAGACGGACGUCGAGAUUCACGCCCAGGGCUUCCUGUCUACCAAGGAUCUUAAAGGCGAUUUCAGUGAUGUUCCUCUGGGCCAGGGUAUCGCCCCCGAUUCGGACGAUGUCUACGUUGACCCUCGUCUGAAGAACUAUCCCAUUGAGCUUGUGGCCAAGACGGUCGAUCUGAAGAAUGACCCGACGGAGCCGAUCCUGACCUUCCGCUUCUGGAUGCUGUCGACUUUCUGGGUUGUGGUCGGCUGCGCGCUUUCGACCUUCUACUACUUCAAGCCAUACUAUGUUACCGUCACCAGUUAUGCCGUCCAGUUGCUCUCCUGGGGAAUGGGUGUCGCCAUGGCCAACUACCUUCCUAACCGCGAGUUCAACUGGUUCGGCUUUAAAUGGAAUCCUAACCCGGCACCGUGGAAUGCAAAGGAGCACGCACUCGUCGUUGUCGCAUACUGGGGUAGUUGCUACACAGCUUUCGGCCUUGGUCCCCUCUCGGCCAUUGAGCUCUUCUACGGAGAGUCGCUAAACGCGGGCUGGUCUAUCGCCUUUCUCAUCACCACCCAGAUGAUCGGCUAUGGCUUCGCGGGUCUGCUGCGUGAUAUCCUAGUCCGCCCCCCGACAAUGUACUAUCCAGGUGUAUUGCCGAAUAUCACACUGUUUAAUGCCAUGCACCACAACCCCUCUGCCACAAAGAAGGCAUUGAAGUACUUCGCCAUUGUUGCCGCCACUGCAUUCAUCUGGGAAUGGUUCCCGCAGGUCAUCUUCCCGCUCCUGAGCACCAUGCCGAUUAUCUGUUGGAUGGGUCACGGCAACUGGAAGGCCUGGGUGCUGGGUUCAGGGACUUAUGGAUUCGGUCUCCUCGACCUGUCAAUCGACUGGAACUAUGGCGCCUUCUUCUCGCCCCUCUACACCCCACUUUGGUCUACCAUGAAUACUGCCCUGUUCACCAUUUUUAUCUGUUGGGUUCUGUACCCUAUCAUCUACUUCACCAACACGAUGAACGCACAGACAUUUGCACCGAUGGACACGGGCACCUACACGGCCAAUGGCAGCACGUACGAUGUCACCAACAUUCUGACUGCCAGCAACACACUCAAUGAGACAGCGUACGCGGAAUACGGUUCCCCAUACUGGGCUCCCUCAUACGUCUUCUACUGGUUUUGGGGGUUUGCCGCCCUAUCCGCGUCCCUGAUGUAUGCCCUGCUCUGGUAUGGCAAGGAAGCAUGGAAUGGCCUCCGCGACGCCUUCUCAAACAGAUACAACGAUUACGACGACCCGUACUUGAAGAUCAUGUCCUAUCAGAAGCGUGUGCCUCACUGGUGGUAUCUCACCCUGUUGGCCAUCUGCUCCGGCUUGGCCAUCGCGGGCCUCUACGAGGGCCAGAUUCGCAUGCCCUGGUGGGGGUUCAUUGUGAUCUGUCUGGUCUCCUUCCUCAUGACCUGGCCCAACGGUAUCCUCUGGGCUGUUGCCAAUACCGCAGUCGGCAUGGGCAUGUUCAGUGACUUGCUUGGUGGCUUCCUCUUCCCUGGCCAGCCAACAGCAAUGCUCGCCGCAUAUACCUACGGGUACGCGGUACUCGAGCAAAACCUGAACCUCAUCUCGGACUAUAAGUUUGGCUUCUACAUGAAGAUCCCAGAGCGCGAGAUGUUCAUCGGCCAGGUUUGGGGCACCUUGCUAGGGCCCUUCGUCAACUAUGGUGUUUCCCAGAUCCUCAUUACCCACGAGCGGCGCUAUCUGGAUGGUGAGCUGAGCUCCAACAACUGGGAUGCCGUCAACAGCCGCUACUUCUACUCCACCUCCAUCAUCUGGGGCAUCCUGGGGCCUAAACGGUUUUUCGCCGACCGCUACCCCUGGGUGUAUUACUCCUUCCUGGUCGGCCCUGCCGCCGUCCUUGCCGUCUGGCUGGUCCACCGCUGGAAGCCUCACUGGAAGCUCGAGACCCGCUUCAAUCCCACCCUCAUGUUCCUCGCCGGCACCAACUGGCCGUACUACCCCAUGGCCAACUUUUUCAUGUCCUUUCUGACCGCCAUCACCUUCAUGGGCUAUCUCCGCAAGUACAAGCCCGCGUGGUGGCGCAAGUACAACUACCUGACUGGCGUCGGGCUGGACUGUGGCACGCAAUUGAUGACUUUGGUUGGCGUCUUCAUCGUCGAUCUCCCCAACCUCAGCUUCCCGACCUGGUGGGGGAAUAAUCCUGACUAUCCGGACCGCUGCUUUCCUCCUGCCGAUCUGCCGCCGUACGCGACCAACUAA